AAAAAACAAAAGAGAAGUUAAGAAGAAAAACACCAAACAAAGGAAAAGAUUUGUCGGAGAAACCAAUCAAUGGCAUCAUCAUCAUCAUCAUCAAGCACCACCACCACGAUGACGACAACUACGGUCUCAACGGAAGACUCAGAGAGAAGAGACAGUUACUGCUACUUCCCAGAUUGUCGCAAAGACGCGAACUGCAGCUGCGAGAUUUGUCUCGACAGUCUCAACGCAACGCUCGAUCUCAUGCCUUUGAGUGUACAGAGAAGCUCACUCACUAAACUCUCUUACGCUUCUAAUUUCAAAUACACCGUUGAGUCUACUCCGAGUUCGUUUGACCCGAAUGUAGUCACCACACCCGUCUCUGUUUCUCGCCCGAUCUCGAAGGUUGUUGUCUCUCAGCCGAAGAAGAAGAGAGGAGUGGUGAAGAAACCAAAAGUUUUUGAGGAUGAGAGGAAGAAGGAGAGAAAGAAGUCACUGACUUGCGUUGUUGUGAAAGUGGUUUUGGUGAUUCUGUGUUUGGAGUUAGGGUUUGGUUUGGUGGUUAAAGGGGUUUUGAAACCUGAAUUUACUGAGGAGAUAGUGAGAAUAUUUGGUGAGAGAUCUCAGGGUGCUAAUGAUGUAGGUGAGAAGCUGAGAAUGUUGGAAGAUGAAUUAAAUGGUUUUGCCAAAAAUGGAAAGUUUUGUAGUUGUAUAGAUUCCGAUUCCAGAUGGAGAUUUAAUCAGGAUGGUUCAAUGUUGAACUCAAAGUGUGUUCUGUAUAAGUCUGCUAUUGAGGAGGUGAGUAUAUGGGGAUGGCCUUUGCAGACAGCUGGUUUGUUCGGUACUGGAUUCUCCUCAAGUUCGAUCACCGUCUUAUCAGGCCGUGUAACUGAGUGGUCGGAAGGGAAGUUUGGUUAUUCGAGACAUGAGACCAACACUACGUGGAGGAAAACAAAAUGGAGCACAUCGGUUCUGCAAUUAGAUCCCAACACAUGGGUUCUUGAGUACAGUCUAAGCUCGGUGAUGGAGAGUUCGAGUUUGUUGUCACUAUCUAAUGAUGUCCUGACACACAUGAUGGUCCAAGCAGCAAAGAAUGUAAACCGGGAGCUUUUCUGGAUGGUUUCAGCCUCAAGGAGAUUGUAUAGUGAAGUGGUGGUAUCAGAGGUUAGCACUACUACAAUGACACCAACUUAACAAACUCACAAAGAACCCAAAAAAAAAAAGCAAUCGUUUUGUUGUGCUUCUUUUCAAGCAUUGACAUCUUGUCAUCAUCAUCUUUUUAGGUAGUAUAAAUCAUGAAACAACAAGUGCUUGUGACUGUUAUUAUGUAGUUGUGGAGGUGUGUAGUCAUUUUGUAAACGAUGUCGUUUUGGUAUACAAUCCG